AUGGGUGCCAUUCCUGAAGCCGAUCCCGAUGAGCCCGUCGAGACCAAGCCCUUCAAGUUCGUGAUGAUAGGCUAUGACGCUCGUUUCCCCCAGCAGAACCAGACCAAGCACUGCUGGCAGAACUACGUCGACUACCACAAGUGUGUCACCGCCAAGGGCGAGGACUUCCGCCCAUGCCGUCAGUUCUACCACGCCUUCCGCUCUCUCUGCCCCAAGGCCUGGACCGACAGAUGGGACACCCAGCGCGAGGCCGGCAACUUCCCCGCUCGCCUGGACCGGUAG